AUGGAGUCGAAAGCUUCAAAACGUGCCGCACUGGCAUGGUGCUUUGUUGGAAGCAACAUUGUUGCGUUGGGCGCUGGAACGCCCUAUAUGUUUUCAUUUUAUGGCCCUCAGCUCCUGAGUAGAUGUCAGCUUCCCAUCUCCAGGCUUAGUAUGCUAUCGCUAUCUCUCAAUGUUGGGAGCGCUUUAUUAGGGUUUCUGGCUGGUGUGGUAAUUGACCGUAGUGUUAUGGCUUCCUGUUUCAUCGGGACUAUCGCAACAUUUACAGCGUAUUCUAUUUUAGACUACUGCUACAUCCAUGAGUUGUCUAGUCUGGCACUCAUAUGCCUUGGGUUGGCUCUGGUAGGAUUUGGAUCGGUGUCAGGGUUUUAUGCUGCUGUCAAAUGUUGCACUACAAACUUCCCACACCACAGAGGCACGGCCGGAGCCUUUCCUGUGGCACUCUACGCUCUUUCCGGAAUGUUACUUUCGUUUUUCUGCACUAAGAUGUUUGGUGAUGAUAUCGACAAGGUGUUCAAGUUUCUAACUUUUGUAUGUUCUGGGAUGAUAUUUGUAGGGUGUUUGACACUGCGAAUCCUGGUUAAUCCUAGUCAUAAGAAGUCGAAGAGAAAGAAUAGCAAUCAUAUAGUGGGGACGUGCGGCUCGCUGGGUUCCGCAGCGCAGAUUACUAGGCCUAUCGACAUCCAAGGUGCUCAAAAAAAUGCUGAGAUUGGUUCGUCAGCACACCACCGGCAAAGCGUCGUGUCCAACAGCUCGAGUUCGUCUUUGGCGUCGUCGUUUCAUUCGAUGGUUUCAGGAAUACGCUCACCAUCCUUCAUAUGGUCAAAGGAAUUGACUGGAUCACUUUCUUUCUGGGGCUGGGGAAAAGUUCGCGAAUGCGAUGUUCCCAGUUCUGAAGCCCCCGCUGCAAAGGCUCCAGGACCUAUGUACUCUUCGACCAGUAUUCAUCCGCAAAGUAAGAGGCGUGAGAGCUUUCCUAUGGGAAAGCACGAUACUUUUGUUCGUGACGACCUUUCCGAGCCAAUCCUGUCUACUAUUGGGAACCACGGUUUCCAAUCGAAGGAUGAUGAAGCGGUCGAAUUUCUCCCAAAGGGUAAAAGAUUUGGAUUCUGGGCCAACAACCACGUUGCCCAAACUAUCAAGAAGCCACGCUUUAUCGCUUACCUCAUUGUGCUGGCGACUUUGCAAGGAAUAGGGCAAAUGUAUAUUUAUUCCGUUGGAUUCAUUGUACGAACUCAAAUAGCCUCGACCCCCUCAAGCGAAGGAAGGCUGAAUGCCGAGGAGAUACAGUCACUGCAAGUCUCAAUAAUAUCCGUCUUAUCUUUUUUGGGAAGACUUUCCUCUGGACCUGUCUCUGACAUACUGAUCAAGAAAUUGAAGGCUCAAAGGCUAUGGAACGUCGUAAUGGCAGCGGCACUGAUGUCCUGGGCAUCUAGCCGAAUGUUGGGCCGCUCAUCGGACCUGCCGGAUUAUGUUGUGUCAUCCGUUCCCAAAAACAUCAGCAACGUAUCACACUGCUCUGCCAUCUUCGGAUUUGCUUUUGGGAUACUGUUUGGAACAUUUCCGCCUAUAAUAGCAGACUCUUUCGGCACGGAUAAUUUCAGCUCAAUUUGGGGAUUGAUUACUAGCGGAGGGUUGAUAACCGUGAAGGUGUUUUGCUCCAUAUUAGGAGCUGAUCUGAGCAGGAACACACUGCCUGAUCAAUUCUACUGUGACAAGGGUACGUUGUGUUACAGAUAUGCUUUCCAUACCACUGCAAUGAGUUCCUUAUUUGCUAUGGUACUUGCUCUACUGAUCAUUGCUGUUACUCAUAAUCGAAGGAACAAGAGACGUUUGGUGGACGGAGAAUUGAGCGUAAGUACCGACACUGCGUCGAUUUAA